CUCGCCUCGCACGCUCUGUAACGUGACACGAAGCGCAUGCGCACGCGAUAACCCCCACCGCGCACCGCACGUGCUCCAGUGACCACCUGAUGAUACGCUGACGCCCACGAGAAAAUGCAAGAACAAAGCACCUCGAAGAACAAGACAACACUCAACUCGCUGGAAAGUGCUAUCAUUAAACUGAAAAACAAUCUCCAAAUUCAAGACACCAAAACGGAUAUGAAUGGACCUACCAACGAUUCGCACGAGGAUAAACCAAGUAAGACAAAUUCACCAAACAGUUCAAAUUUAAAUAUAUCGAUAGCAUCCGCUGCGUUAUUACAAGAGAAUAUGUUACAAAGAUCUUUACAAGGUGUUGUUAUUUCGCUUCAAAACGCAAUGAUGAACUCAUUGCAGCAGGCAGCGCUGUUGCCGUCCAAUUCGGCCGCUGCUGCGGCGCUUAAUUUACAAGCCUUAGAAUCUUAUUUGACUUUGCAACGUCUCACUUCAGUAUCAUCCGUCAACAACUCUCCACAACCUGAUAGCACUUCGCCGAAGCAAGAUAUUUUGAGAAUAGCGACGGCCAGCGCUAAAAUAAGCGAAAUCGACGCAGAAACUAGUUUGAACGUUGCCUCGCCGAAGUCACCGGAAGAGUUCCCUUUACCUGAUGCCAUUGCUGCAGAUGACGUUGACUUGUCUGAGGAAGUGGAGGAAGACCUAGCAUUACUAGAUAAUGAGGAUGAAUUUACUUUAGAACAACACUUAGAGGCCACUUCAAAGAGUUAUAGCUACAAUUCCUCAAAUCUAGAUAAUGGCUACCCAAGUUUGCUAAUGAAUGCUAUGUAUCAACAACAAAUGAAUGUCCCACCUCAGUCUGUAUCCCCACCGCCUAACUCUAGCUCAAAAUCAACAAAUAGUUCAACAUCAUCGACCAGUAGUAUAACAAAUAAACAAAAAACUACGAGCAGUGGACCUAGAACAAAAAAACAAUUUAUAUGUAAAUUUUGUAACCGACAAUUUACAAAAUCUUACAAUUUACUAAUCCAUGAAAGAACACAUACUGAUGAACGGCCGUACUCCUGUGACAUCUGUGGGAAGGCAUUCCGACGGCAAGAUCACCUGAGAGACCACAGGUACAUACAUUCCAAAGAGAAGCCUUUCAAGUGUCUCGAAUGCGGUAAAGGGUUCUGCCAAUCCCGAACUCUGGCGGUCCACAAAAUCCUACACAUGGAGGAGUCACCCCACAAAUGUCCAGUUUGCAGCAGAAGCUUUAACCAGAGAUCGAACUUGAAGACACACCUCCUCACACAUACGGACAUAAAACCGUACAAUUGCUCGUCUUGUGGAAAGGUGUUCAGACGGAAUUGUGAUCUUAGACGCCAUAGCCUCACUCAUAAUCUUGUUGGUAUGGCCCCUGUAAGUACCUCGCCUAGUGGGAGUAAUGGGAAGAGUCCACUUUUAAAUCCCAAUUUUCCAAUUGAUAAUUUAGAUGCGGAAGAUGUUUAGUUUAAUAAAAGACUGAUUUAAGUGCCUAAUAGUUAUCUAACAGAUUGUUAAGAAAUGUGAAAUUUUUGUAGCGAUACCGUGAGUUUGACAUAUUCUUUGAUUUACGAGAGUCUCUUCUACUACCUACCUACCUUUAUGUUAACAUGUUGCUAAAACUUUUUGAGUGCUUUUCAGCAAUCGUUUAAUAAAUAUCUUCAAUCUUAAGACAACUGAGCUACGAAAUAUAAUAAUGAAGUUCUUGCUUUUACAGUAAUAAAUCAUUAAUUUGCAAAGAAAUUGGUCCAUUUAAAUUGAUUGACUAUGUGAAAAAUCACAUAGUCAGCCAUAUAAAAAAGGCACACAUGUCAACAUAAAAUACUCUCUUAUGAAACGAGGCAUGGAUAAAGUAUUGGUUGCCAUGGUUACCAGAACAUGGACUGACCGUCGUUACCAUGGUAGUAACUAUAUAGACCACGUUUUAUAUUAGUCAUUAAAAUAUUCAUAUCCUACCUUUUAACGCUGUUCGCGUUCCAUUGUAAAAAUAUUAUAAACGACGUCAUUUCCGUCCACGGCGGCUUAUGGUUUAUCGAGGGCUUCUUAUUUGUUUUUAGAAAUAACUCUUGUAUGUUUAUGUAUCAAAAAUCAUGUUUUUAAGAUUUUUCAGCUUUAAAUUUAUAUAUAUAGCCAUAUACACUUCUCUUUGUAGGCGAAAGGUGUUUUUGUAGCGUUUUUCCCCAACUUAUAUACUUUAUGAUUUUACAAUGCUUUUCUAAUGUGGGCUUUUUCUGUUAAACAAAUAACAUAUAUUUAUUUGUUGGUCUUUAAGCGCGAAAAA